CCUCGCUCCGCCAGUCUGCGCGACCCAGGUGCCGGCGGGCAGGAGGCGCCCGAGGAUGUGCCGCUGGCCGCUGCUCCUGUUGUGGGGGCUGCUCCCCGGCGCGGCGGCGGCGGCGGCGGCGGGGGGCUCGGGCCGAGCCCUCCCGCACCGCACCCUCCUGGACUCCGAGGGCAAGUACUGGCUGAGCUGGGGCCCGCGGGGCGGCGGGCUCGCCUUCCGCCUCGAGGUGCGCACCGCCGGCUACGUGGGCUUCGGCUUCUCGCCCACCGGGGCCAUGGCCUCGGCAGACAUCGUCGUGGGCGGAGUGGCCCACGGGCGGCCCUACCUGCAGGAUUAUUUUACAAAUGCAAAUAGAGAAUUAAAAAAAGAUGCUCAGCAAGAUUACCACCUAGAAUAUGCCAUGGAAAAUAGUACACACACAAUAAUUGAAUUUACCAGAGAACUGCAUACAUGUGACAUAAAUGACAAGAGUAUAACGGAGAGCACAGUGAGAGUGAUCUGGGCUUACCACCAUGAAGAUGUGGGAGAAGCCGGCCCCAAGUACCACGACUCCAAUCGUGGCACCAAGAGUCUGCGGCUGUUGAAUCCUGAGAAAGCCAUCGUGUUGUCUACAGCCAUCCCAUACUUUGACCUGGUAAAUCAGGACGUCCCCAUCCCAAACAAAGGUACGACCUACUGGUGCCAAAUGUUUAAAAUUCCUGUGUUCCAGGAAAAGCAUCAUGUAAUAAAGGUGGAGCCAGUGAUACAGAGAGGCCACGAGAGUCUGGUCCACCACAUCCUGCUCUAUCAGUGCAGUAGCAGCUUUAAUGACAGCGUUCUGGACUAUGGCCACGAGUGUUACCAUCCUAACAUGCCUGAUGCGUUCCUCACCUGCGAGACUGUGAUUUUUGCCUGGGCCAUUGGUGGAGAGGGUUUUUCCUACCCACCUCAUGUUGGAUUAUCCCUUGGCACACCGUUAGAUCCUCGUUAUGUGCUCCUGGAAGUCCAUUAUGACAAUCCGACAUAUAAGGAGGGCUUAAUAGAUAAUUCCGGACUGAGGUUAUUUCAUACAACAGAUAUAAGGAAAUACGAUGCUGGGGUGAUUGAGGCUGGCCUCUGGGUAAGCCUCUUCCAUACCAUCCCUCCAGGGAUGCCUGAAUUUCGGUCUGAGGGUCACUGCACUCUGGAAUGCCUAGAAGAGGCUCUGGAAGCUGAAAAGCCAAGUGGAAUCCAUGUGUUUGCUGUGCUUCUUCAUGCUCACCUGGCGGGCAGGGGCAUCAGGCUCCGUCAUUUUCGCAAAGGGGAGGAAUUGAGAUUACUGGCUUAUGAUGAUGAUUUUGACUUCAAUUUUCAGGAGUUUCAGUAUCUAAAGGAAGAACAAACAAUCUUACCAGGAGAUAAUCUCAUUACCGAGUGUCGUUACAACACAAAAGAUAGAGCCCGGAUGACUUGGGGAGGAUUAAGCACCAGGAAUGAAAUGUGUCUUUCAUACCUUCUUUAUUACCCAAGAAUUAAUCUUACUCGAUGUGCAAGUAUUCCUGACAUUAUGGAACAACUUCAGUUCAUUGGCGUUAAGGAGAUCUAUAGGCCAGUCACGACCUGGCCUUUCAUUAUCAAAAGCCCCAAGCAGUAUAAAAACCUCUCUUUCAUGGACGCAAUGAAUAAAUUUAAAUGGGCUAAAAAGGAAGGUCUCUCCUUCAACAAGCUUGUCCUUAGCUUGCCGGUGAACGUGAGAUGCUCCAAGACGGACAAUGCGGAGUGGUCGAUUCAAGGGAUGACAGCAUUACCUCCACACGUGGAAAGACCAUAUAAAGCAGAGCCCUUGGUGUGUGGAACCUCUUCUUCCUCUUCUCCGCCCAGAAACCACCCUAUUGAGCUGCUCGUGUGUUUCAUGGUACUCUGCAGCCUGUUGCUCAGCACACACUUGUGGUCAUAAUUCUGUGCUGGGGGACAGUAUUUUCUGUGAUCCGAACGUGUCAGGUCAAAGACACUUUGGACAUGAAGAGCAGAGCGUGAGGAGUGUGGAGACCUUCCCGUCACACACGCCCUUCCUCCCUACACCAUCCUUCCCCGUCUACCCGAGAGAUGCCGAUUGGGUUCUCUUUCUUUUGCUCAGAUACGUCUGAUAAAAUGUAUCCAUUGCCAAUAAAGCAAAACUGGACUGACUUAACACCACCUUUUUAAAAAUUCGGACAAAGUCAAGUGGAAGUGAAAGAGUGUCUGAUUUCCUUCCAUAUUUCAUUUUAUGUAAACACUCAUCAUCGCCAUUUCACUUUUUACUUGAUCAUUUGGCUUCUAUAUUCCUUUCUCAGAAGACUUCCAUCUUAACAGCAUAAAAGGAAGCACUCUCUCUUGCCGUGUUCCUUCCUCUUUCUUGUUCUUUGGGUGUGACUUCCCCAGGGCAACAAGGGUUCUUUCUGUGUUUCACUGUCAAUCCAAUGGGAUUGGGAAAAACCAAUGGGACACUUACCUCUGUGCUUUUUGAAGAUGCCCAUCCUAGUUUCUUGGUUUAUUUGAGUCUCUUGGUACCCCCAAAUGACCCCAAACCCAUCUCAAAGCAUUUCUUUAUCCUUCCCUGCUCUACACUGGACAGGUGAGUUUAUCUUGAGCUCUAUCACUCUCUAAAAAGAAAGAAGCUAUAAGAAACACGGAAAUGGUAUAUGGUGGACUGUAGGCUGAGGAGAAAAGGUAGCUGGCUGCAAACCCCAUGCUGUGAGGGGUCCUUUAUGAGGUGUCAGGUCAAAGGGGGAUAGUCUGAGCCAACCUAGGAGGGCGUGAGGUCCCUGCAGUACCUCCCUGACCACGUUGGGUGUCACACGUGCCGCAUCCUGGCUCAAUUUGAGUCACAGUUGCUGUUGUAGAUUUAUUUUUUAUAUUAGUUAAUGAACUAACUUUCCUUAGUAGAAUGUCACCAGUGGAAGAUCUUGUCUCCUUUUAGGUUCCCUUGGUAUAGUUCAGCCAAAUGUUGUUGUGUGUCCUUUCCUCAUUUCUUAAGCAAAGUCUUUUGGGAUCGUAUGAAUAAACUCAAUAAAAUUAAGUUUUUAUGUGGUAUCUUGUAUGCUCCUUGAGAGAAGCAAGAGAUUCAGUACUGAUGUUUCCAGCCAAAUUGAUUGAAAAUGUUGCAUUUUGUAUUCCAUUCUUUUAAGCCCUUUCUCUCCUGCAAACAAUAUCGUCUUUUGAAUAAAUACCGUAUUUUAGAGUGUUUCCUUUCUGGUUGUCGGAAUUUAUCCACUUACUGAAAUGUUUGUACUAUUUAUGAGGCGUAUCUCAUAGUUUACUUGUUUUUAUUUCAUAAGUGCUAUAUCGAAUUCUGUGAUUUUCCAUACAGAUAUUUAUACGAGGAACACGAUAAUCCCCAACUCUCCCUGUUUGAAAUUUCGUGUUUAUUUUACUGCAGAAUGUCUGAAUUUGAGAUGUCAGAGCAAAGUGAUUUCCUGUGGAACUUCCAUAGCGAUAUGUUUGUUUUCAGUGUUCUGAGUCAGGAAGGUGAAUCUACAGGCUAGAAAGGGAUACACAGCUUUUGGCCGCUUGCGUUGGUGGAACCAGGGAAUCAACUUCUUCAGCUGAUGUUGCAAAGAAUAAAGCUGACAUUCUUUUUCUCUUAGGAAUUCUCAUGAAUAUGUAUGUGUUUGAGGCACAGGACUCUCUCUUUGAAAUUAGGAUAGGCUAUCUGUUGAAAAUCUGGUAGGAUUCUGAUCAAUUCUAAAUUAGUUUGUUCUUACAAUGAGCAGACCUUCCUGAACAGCCCCGGCUUUUUUGCUGCUGCCCUUGGUCAAGUUGCAUUACCUGUCUCCUCGGCCAGCAGGAAGGAGUGCCUGAGACCAGUGGAGGAUGGAGUGUCCACGUCUGGUGAUCCCUGCUUUGAUUCUUAAUGCAGGAAGGGUGGGAAAAAACAUGUGAUAAGGCGAAUAUUCAUCAAAGCCAUGUGAGGUUGAGGGUUUUUGGGGGUGAUCAUUUUUUUUCUGAGGUGGUCUCAGGCAGGAUCAAGAGAGUCCUAGUGAUAAUAAAACAGAUGCAAUGCACAGAGGCAGACCUGUUAAGAACUUUGAACUUCAAUUUUAAUGGCUAUGGAGACCAAUGAUGAAUAGCAAACAGGACGACAUAGGGAAGCACUGUAAGUGCCCUGUACAUGAUGACACUGUACGAUUUGCUCACCCAAACUCAUUGUUGGACACAUAAGCCGUCUGUUUUUCAGUAUGAUAAACUUUGCUGUGAUUAUAAGUAUCUUCUUCCAAUAAAUUACUUUGAAUGAAAUUA